AUGGCUGAAUUGAAGAGAAAAGGGCCGGGUGACACUAGACAAGCAGAAUUAUUCGCUCUUCUCUCCACUGAGACACCAGGUUUAGAGGCAGGGUUUUACGUGGAUGUGUGGCCUUUCAAUGCUCCAAUGCUAGUUGUGACUUCGCCAAAGCUAGCUAUUGAAGCAUGUCAAAGUAAUAAUCUGCCCAAACCUGACGCUCUUCACCCUUUCAUCAAUCCGAUGGCAGGCGGCUCCGACAAUUUGUUCGUCUCUAAUGGUCCUAGCUGGAAACGCGCGCGAGAGUUGUUCAAUAAUAGUUUCAGUAUGACAGCUUCUAUGGGACAUCUGAGUUGUAUUCUCGAGGAGGCCGAAAUUUUCGUUGAAAUGCUGAAGGUUCAUGCGCGGGAAGGGAAAACUUUCUCCCUCGAUCAGCUCACUUGCCGCUAUGCCAUGGAUAUUAUUGGUAACGUCGCAAUGAACACCCGCUUUAAGUACCAGCGGCAACAUCAUCCAAUUGCUGCAGCAAUGCGCAAUAUCAUUGAAAUGGAAUGCGGUCAUGAGACGAACAGCGUUUUUGGGCGAUUGAAUCCAGUCAAAGCCUACGUGCAAUGGCAAAAUGGACGGACUUUGAACCGUCUUAUUGCGGUUGAGCUCGAGAAGUGCUACCGAGACUGGAAGCAAAGCAUAACCAACCCCCCUCGAAAUCUCGCUCAAACUCAAUAA